GAAGCAGAAAUGGAAGAAAUAGAAAGAGGUGAAAAUAUAGAAAACAUGGAUAUAGUUUAUGUUGAAAUGAAGAGACAACAACAUGAAAUGAAUAGUGAUGAAGAAACCAGCACAAACCUAAGUGUAGUCAUCAAUCAAAUGCAAAAUCUCAGCAUAUCAACAUCAUCAGAUAGAGAAUCAAUUGCAUUUAAUUUUCUACAGCAAACAGAAAGAGGAAAAGCA